AUGAUCAACAGCUUCUGUGCCUUUUCACAAAGUCCCAGAGAAUUUGUCUAUGUCGUGGGCUGCUUUGAAAACGGGACAACGGAAAUACAUGCAGAGCUUGAUGCUGAGGAGAUUCUAUACAUGGAUUUUGACAGAUCUGAGCUUGUUUACACUGUGCCUAGAUUAUUUGUGGAUGACCCAGCUAAAAUAUUUGACGGUAAAGUUUCAUUUAAAAAUGCUGUGAGAAACAAGAAGGCGUGUAUAGCAUUGUUGGAAUUCAGCAUAGUGAUGGAGAAAAAUCCACCAGAAGAAAAAGACCCCCCUGAGAGCGUGCUCUACCCUGCAGAAGAAGUUGAGUUGGGAGUUGAAAACAGCCUCGUCUGCUUUGUGAAUCAUUUCUACCCACCUGAUAUCAAAGUCAGCUGGACCAGAAAUGGUCGUCAUGUGUCGGAGGGGGUGUCACUCAGUCGAUAUUAUCCCAAUAAUGAUCAAACCUUCCACCAGUUCUCUACCCUGACAUUCACACCGAGGGAAGGGGACAUUUACAGCUGCACUGUGGAGCACUUAGCCCUGGACAGGCCUGCUACAAGGAUCUGGGAAACUGACUUCAGUCAUCGCAGUCUUGGACCAAAUGUUUACUGUGGAGUGGGCCUGACUCUGGGCUUGUUGGGAGUCACAGCUGGAACCUUUUUAAUGGUUAAGAGACAUCAUGGACAGUAAUCUCUCUGUUUUAGAGAGAGUAUACACAUGAAAUGAUGAUGAUGAUACACAUACAUUUUACACAGACAAUAAUCUUGAAGUGCACCAUUUAUCGUCUUCUAAACCUCAAUUUGGCUUCGAGAGAGGUAUAAAUUUCAGGCCUGCUGUGGCUCAUACAAGAACAAAUUAAAUCAAGAGUUUAAGAGUGGAAAAAGUAUAAAGUUCAAAUAAAAUGUCCUCAACACACUCAAAGAAGAAAUAAAGUUCAUGAGC